AUCUUGUGGGCCAUGCAUCCCAUCCAAGAUCCCCAACGGCCCUACGACAAUCUCAAGCACCACUCCCGUUGGCCAGUCCACCAACUGCCUUGGUCCGGCCUUUGCUCUCAUAACUGCUUGACGGAGAUGGCGAAAGGGUGUAUAACGCACCUAACGGUCAAACAACGGACCGAAAUCUACGACCGUUCGCAAGCAAACAAACGACGAUUGGAGAAGUUGCGGAAGCGAUCAGACCGAAACAGGUGA